UCCUCUAUGUCUAUAUUUAUUAUUUAUCCUCCCACUCCAACCAACCGCCAUUGUCUGCCUUUCCAAACACCGUCGCAUCCAUCUCCCUUCCCCCACCCCCAAAACAAACAACGGCGAUCGAUCAUGAACUCAAAGGCGACCUGGCUUGCGACUCUCAUCCUGAUUCUGUCAAGUAUUAUAAUCUCAACGAAGACCGCGUUUGGCCAGCCUCAGAAAUUAUCAGCAUACGAAAUUCUUCAACAAUACGGUUUGCCCAAGGGCCUGCUCCCGGAAGGAGUAACCAGGUACGAACUGAACAAAGAAACCGGCGAGUUCGCCGCGUACAUGGACGGAACCUGCAGCUUUCCGAUCCAAUCGUACAACCUGAGAUACAAGCAGGUUAUAAGAGGAGUGAUAUCGAAUAGGAGGGUCAGCAAUCUGAGCGGCGUAAGUGUGAAGGUGUUCUUCUUCUGGCUCAACAUCGUACAGGUGGUGCUCGACGGCGACGAACUUCUCUUCUCGGUGGGAAUCGCCUCCACCAGUUUCCCCGUGACGAAUUUCUUGCAGUCGCCGCACUGUGGCUGUGGACUUGACUGCAAUAAGUUGGUUAGCACUGGAGUUCAAGCUGCUGCUGCUGCUUCUUAAACGGUAAUUAGUGAUAAUUUAUUUGGUGAAUUUAGUGAUGAUCGGUAUAAAUAAUUAUUAUUAAUGAUCGGCUAGGAGUUCUUAAUUGAUAAUUAUUAUUGAUUAUUAGUUAAAUAAUUCUAUAUUUGGACGUAA